AUGACGUUCGCAAUCACUAACCCCAGCGGUUGCCCCAACCGCCGCAGCAACCACCGCCCCAACCUCCGUGGUGACCUCCCCAACCACCACCCCAACCACCAUGAUGACCACCCCAACCACCGUGGUGGCCACCCCAACCACCGCCCCAUCCACCACCCCAACCACCACCCCAACCGCCGCCCCAACCUCCGCCCCAACCACCGUGGUGACGUCCAACACGCUGCUCUGCGAUUUCCUACCCAACUCACACCUAAGUUUCGGGCUAACGUACCACACCCAAGUGCCAAGCGCUCACCCGAGUUCAAAAGCGUGAAACCACAACGUCGUAUCUGCCCAGCCAUUAAAGAGACGGCACUGAUCAAUGUCUUGCAGCGCAGUUCUAGCAACAACACUAGGCUGACUGAUGAGUCAGACUUGCGUAAGCGACGCUCAAUUGUAAGAUCAGCUCACCUUGUGUCUUGA